GUUGCCUGUGAAUGUCGUGGACUUUAUCGUGUUCGGAAUGGCCUAAUUCGUCGUGAGAUGUACGUGUUUAUGAUUUUGUGUAGACAUGGAGCUGUAAAAUUGCCGUGGUUUUGCUGAACUUGGUGUUAAGGAGUCAAUUUAUCAUAACCACAUAGAUUUUGCGAUCGUUUAAAUUAGCAGUUGGCAGUUGGGUAGAGUCCCGUCUACGUUAGAGCUUUAUCUCGGAGUUUAAAGAUCCGAGCCAGUACUAGCGUCUUCGCAGUCUUUGGGAUUUUCGUGGUCUUGAUUUGAAUAUUAUCUAAAGCAUCAAGAGUCAGAUAGGCGUUCAUCCAUUGUCGCAAUUAAUAUGACGAAGAUCGACGUUCGUGUCCUUUUUCUUGCUGCUUCGAUAAACAUCUUAUGCCCUACUUCAGUCAUUGCUACAGGGACAGCAUCAACUCCUCCACCUUCGGAAAAACUUCCGGUUUUCAAAAAAGAGCCUGGCCGCUACACAUUCGAGUGGCCUACGCCAAUAGAUUCGAAAAGAAAAAAAGUGAUGGAUUGUUCUGUGCAGAACCCAGCAAACACGAGCAUCGCUUGGUACAAGAUCAUAAAUAAGACAUUUACGUCUGUGUUCCUAAAAAAGAGCGAUCCCUUUGUUCUGAAAAAAAACAGGCUGAGAAAAUCGGUAGAAUACGUUUGUAAUGUAAGCAACGCUGCUGGUUUCAGGAUACGCAGAUAUCAUCUGAAAGUAUUUGCUUACUUUAAAACGAAACCUUUGGUUCAAGAUAUGCUCAACGUCACAACGACGAAAGGUGAAACAGCCAAGCUUACUUGCAAAGCUGCAGGCCACGCCCUGCCCCACAUCGUCUUUUUUAAAGAAAUAAACGGUUCGGAACAUAGAGUUUCUUCUCUAACCGAACUCGAAAACAGAACAACGACGCGCACAUAUUCAACGCAAAACAUCCAUGAAUUUUUCAAACGAUACUUGUUGAUUCACAAUGUGACGUCAUCGGAUUCUGGAAAGUACAUUUGUAAAGCAGGAAACUCGCUUGGAAUUACUAAAAAGUCCAUGUAUUUGAGGGUUCUUGUUUCAAGUCCAACACUGUUGAAUUUGAUACACGAGCCUACCAAAGCCAAAGCUUUUGCUUUGCGCCAGCACUUUCGCCCUUCGACUGGAAUUGAAGACUGGGAACUAGGCAUAAUUAUCGGUCUUGCCUGUGCCGUAUCUCUCGUGUUUAUCGUUGUGUGUGUGCUCUACCGUGCUCGUUAUCGUAAGAAACUGAACAAGAAAGAGGAAGAAAUUAGAAUAGCUAACGAAACGGACAUUAGAAGUAUUCCACGUUCAUCCGUCAGACGUUGGCUUGCUAUGGACUCGAUCCAGUCUCCUUCGGUCACUGGUGAAGUAAAAUUUCAUGGGUUGGCGAGUAGCUAUGGCGAUAACUUUGCUCACAUCAGCAUACCACUGGAUAAAACAUGGGAAAUAGAACGUGAACAGUUAAGAAUAGAUGGUCCAUUGGGGGAAGGCGCUUUCGGACGUGUUCUGAAAGCAACCGCGAUUGCAGUUGACAAUUUGCCUCAAAUGCACCCGGUCGCGAUCAAAACAUUGAAAGAGAAUUCAACUGAUGCACAGCUUUUGGACUUGUUGUCCGAGAUGGAAAUAAUGAAGACAAUUGGCAAACACAAAAAUAUUGUUAAUCUUAUUGGAUGCUGUACUCAGAACGGCCCAAUCUUCAUGGUGAUCGAGUAUGCAAAAUACGGAAAUUUACGUCACUAUUUGCGAGAUCGUAGACCGAAAUAUGGAGAGCUAAUUGAAAACGACAGCUCGAUGGAAAGAAGCAGCAAUGAUGAAGCAAUCACGUUAUCAGACCUCGUCUCGUUUGCUUUUCAAAUUGCGCGAGGAAUGGAAUUUUUGGAAAGCAAGAAGUGCGUUCAUCGUGAUUUGGCUGCACGAAAUAUCCUCGUGUCAGAAGACAGAGUUUUAAAAGUUGCAGACUUUGGUUUGGCACGUGAUGUUCACGCGUUUGAUUACUACAGAAAAACGACUGACGGUCGCUUGCCAGUGAAAUGGAUGGCAAUCGAAGCUUUAUUUGACCGUGUUUACUCAUCUAAAAGUGACGUAUGGGGUUUCGGAAUCGUUCUGUGGGAAAUAUUUACAUUUGGUGGCACACCUUACCCAAGUCUGCCAGUGGAAGAACUGUUUGAACAACUUCAAUGCGGUUAUCGUAUGGAAAAACCUCAUAACUGUCCACAAAAUAUUUAUGACGUAAUGUUGAAAUGCUGGGCAGAAAAUCCUUUACACCGACCAUGCUUUACACGUCUUAUUGAAACUUUCGACUUGAUUCUAACGAAUCUUCUUCCUUCUUCCCAAUACAUCGACACAAGUUUCUCGGCUUGCGAAAGAUUACUUUCCAGUUUUAGCGAUGAUGCAGCUUCCAGUCAACAGUCUCCUCCUUUUUCGACACUAUCCGAUGACAGUGUCCUCAAGCAAGAUGGUGAGCUAUCGUAUCUUGAGCUUAGAUCAAGUAAUCCUACAACGAUCCCUAUUGAACCUUGUUCAUCGUACGAACGACUGUUAAACAUCCAGACAUCCGGUGGUGUCUGAAUGCUUAAUUACAGGGGGCUCGGAAGGACAAGAAAGUGAGGGUGUGGGGUGUAAUCUGUGUGUAACAUAUGUUGAUAUUUUUCAUGCUGAAAAUUGGUGUUUAUAACAUUUAUUGAGGCUUGCCCUCACACUCCGCCCUCUACCCCCUCGAGCGCUUAAGUUAAGUCUGGCUGCUUUAUGAUAUGAUGACAGAUUUUGACGAAUACAUCCAAAUCUGUUAACUUCUGAAUGUAAGGAUAUAAAAUAGCAUAAAUUAUAUAGAUAUUUAAACAUUCUGAUUUAGAAACAUUGCCAGAAUUUAUUACGUUUAACUGAGCAACAAUGAAGUAGUUUCUAUCAAAGAGUUAGGAUCUUCAUAACCUGUAUAUAGAAAACUGUGCUUGCAUAACAAACGAUAUGAAAUCGUA